UGAAAUGAAAAAGGAAAGAGUAUCAGACAACUAUGUUGUCGGUGAAACGCGAAAAAUAAAAGAGAAAAAUAAAAGGAUUAGAUUUAUGGGAAAAUUGGAGGCAAAAAGAAAAAUUUGCAUGUUGAGAGUAAAUGUCUCAAUAAGAUUUGUUUAAAGAAAAGGCAAGUAUUUUUGUCGGUAAAGAAAAGGGCUCAAUAGCGCGAAAACAAAAAAGGGGAAUAAUAUUUAAUAAUAAAAGAAGGGAAGUCCCAAAAGCUUUGGAUGGACAAAAGAAAGAGCCUUAUAGGUUUAGGUUUGAGGAAAACAAAAGAAGAGGUUUUGGUUGGAAGGUUGGAUGGGGGAAGCAAAAGCUUUUGGUUAGUGGGGUUGGUGAGGGAAACCUUUUAUUAGAGAGGGGAAGCAAC